AUGUAGCAUAUGGACUUUGUUGUUGGCGUGACAAGUCUUUUAAAAUAAUUGUUUUAAAGUUAUUGCACAUACGCAUAUUUUUUUAUUUGCUUUUAUUUCAGGGCUUUGUGGAAACCAUUGUGAUUAGGCUGACGCGGGUACAUUUAAUUGCAACCUCAUCUACAGCUUUGAAGGUCUCAGACAUGUCUACUGGCUUGCAGCUGUUUGGAACCACACUAGGUGUUCUUGGCUGGCUGGGCAUCAUCAUAUCAUGCACGCUUCCUCUGUGGCGUGUGACCGCUUUUAUUGGGACCAACAUUGUGACUGCGCAGAUUAUGUGGGAAGGACUGUGGAUGAGCUGUGUGGUGCAGAGCACUGGCCAAAUGCAGUGUAAAGUGUACGACUCCAUGCUGGCUCUUCCUCAAGACCUACAGGCCUCUCGAGCAAUCCUUAUUAUUGCUUCUCUUGUUGGUUUAAUAGCAAUAUUUGCCAGUUUUGCAGGUGGUAAGUGCACUAACUGCUUGCCAGAUGGAUUUGCAAAGACUCGGGUUACUGUAGCAGGAGGGGCCUUAUUUGUAACUGCGGGGGUCUUGGGCUUGGUGCCAUCUAGUUGGACUGCUCAUCAAGUCAUUGGGGACUUCUACAAUCCUCUAGUGGCCCAUGCUCAGAAGAGGGAGUUGGGAGCAGCUAUCUUUAUCUGUUGGGGAGCAGCGGUUCUCAUGCUGGUUGGCGGAGGACUCCUCUGUAGUUCUUGCCCAAAAGGAAGAGCGUCCCGUGGGGGUCUGUAUAUGGUGGCAUCUCAGAAUGGAAGGGAGCGCUUGGACCGUGUGUGACUGCAGAUUGUUUGACUAUUCUCAGAACUGAUGUGUGGAUUUUAAGUGUUUUAUCUUUUUAAAUGUGUCUUUGAUUUGUAAACUAGGAAUUUCAACCUGCUGCUGAAUUGCUGUCAAUUGAGCUAAUAAAAUAGUUUUUAUCCAA